UGACGUCAGGUCGUUCUAACGGUUAUGGCGGCCAACAAAGGAUCAGGAUGCCGCGAUGAUCAGCUUGUUGUAAAACUGCGAGUGACUUUUAAAGACUGAAACAAAGAUUCCUACUAUAAAAAAUACACAUCGCCAUUUCAGACAGAGGCGGCGGGUUUCUGCUGGGUUUCAGCCAUAUUCAGAGACAGCUCUGUGUACGUCAGUUGCUAGGCAACGGCUGGAGACGCUUUCUAUCCAAACCUUGAAUUUUUCUUUUGGUGGCGAAAAGCUGUUCUUGAAGCAAUGUCUACUGAAAAACAGGCAGUUGGAAGAGAAGUUGACGAUCUUCCGGUGAACCAACCAGCAACAGACUUAUCGGAUGAUUUAAAAAUGUUGUCAUCCGAGUUCGGAUCUCUAGUGAAAGUAGCCUGGACGUUGCUCGAUAAGUUUUCAACUGGCUGCCGAUGUGUGGACGAGUUCAUAGAGAAUGUUUCCACGGAUUUACAGAGCUUUGAUCCUCUGGAGAGGAAAUUCAUCCUGGACGUUUUUUCUGGAUGUGUUGAGUAUGAAAAGCUGCUUGAUAUUGUUGUCAAUACUUUCUAUGGUCAGCACAGAAAGUGGUUGUGCAAAAGAGAUCGCAACCAGUUCAUCGUUAUCUGCUACCUCUGCAUGUUUUGUCUUGAUCAACUUGGACUUGAACAUUUUAGCACCAUAGUUAAAUCUCUGGGUCGCCUGAAGAUGCACUUCUUUCUAGACUUUUUCUUCUCAAACAUCACCACAUGGGUACAGGAAGAGUGGAACGCAAUCUAUGAGCCUGAAUUUGUGGAGAAGCACUGGAUUACCCCUCUGCUCAGGUGGCGCCCUAAGAUCAAUCAUCUCAUGAUUCAGCUCUCAAAAAAAGAAAGAAGAGCUCCAGCUAAACUCAUCCACUGUCAGGAUUUCAUCUUCUCCAAAAAUAAACUGCCAACCACACCCAAAAGGGAGCCGAGCCCUGUGCCAGACAAGUUCACACCAGUACCAAGAAGUUCUUACAUAAGUCCAAUAGAACUGCAGAAAAUACAGGAGUGUAAAGAGAAGAACAAAAAAAAGGCUGAGAAACUUCUGCAAGCGAUCCAGUACAGAUGUUGGGAUCCGGAGAAAUCAGAACAAACGGAAAGUGUGAUUUCCGAGAUUAAGGCAAAAGGCGACUCCAAAAUGAAGUCUGAGUCUUUUCAUGCAGUAGAAAUUCCUCGCACUAAUAUGGUGGAGAGCCACUCAGUCAGGCUUAAUAAUGCAGCUAUUUGGAGAAGAGAGGCUUUGCAUGACCGUCUGGUGAAGGAGGAGCUACACAAAAUAGAUGAACUGGUCCAGGGAGCUGUAGACCCGUCGCCUUUCCUGCAGCGGCUAAAGGAGCUGGAGGAGCGGGAGCGCCAGGAGAAGCGGCAGGCAGAAGAACGGAGCCGUCUGGAGACUCAGAUCAUCGAAAAGGAGAUAAUUCUGAUUCGCAAACGGAUUGCUGAGCAAAAACAUGAAGCUGCUCUGCGCAAGAAAGAAGAGACUGCUCACCUCAAGCAAAGAUAUGCAGAAAAGCGGGUGAAGGAAGAAAAGGAAAUAAAAGACUUGGUGCAACAAGUGAUGGAGGGCAGGAUUAACUCAAAAGUAGCUCAAGAAAGGAGCAAGAAAACAAAGCAGAAAAUCGUGAAAGAAGUAUCAGAGGAAAAACAGGAGCUGCUUCGCCAAGCCCUCCAGGAAAAACAGGAGGAGUUCAGAAAAAGGUCUCAAAUUGUCCGCGAAAUUCACGUCAUUGAGUCGCUGCCUAUCGUCAAAUCGAACAAGUUCGACGAGACGGAGACCGCAGGCUAUGAGCUGCUGGGUGAGAUGUCACUGGCCGAGCUGAAGGAGAGGCUGGCGCUGCUGAGGCAGAACCAGCAGAAAGAGGAGGAGGAGCGACGCAGCAACAUCCUGGAGGAGAAGCAGAAGAAGAAGCAGCAGAUCCUGGAGACGCUAGACAACAUCAACCUCUACAGGAAGCUGCUGAUGAAGGAAGCAGCCGACAGGAAAGAGGAGCAGCGAGCCCAGCAGGAGCUCCUGAAGCAGGUGGUGAAUGAGGACGAGACCAUUGUGGCUCUGAAGAAGAAGCUGGAGGAUAAGAAACAGGCGUUCCACAAAGUGAAGGAAGUUGAGCGGAGCCAGCUCAAACCCAGCAAAAGGCUCGUCAGGAGAGAGUCUGAUCAGAAAGAGUUAAAGGAGAUAACAUGGGAGGAACUGGAGCAGAGCUUAGCCCGUUACGUGCAGGACGCCAAGUGAUUCAACCUCUUCGGAGAAAAACAUGUGAACGAUACUCCCUGAUAUGAUUCGUGUUUCACCUUAUUGUUAUUUUAAACCAUUCUGACUCAUUUUCCAUCCAUUAAAUCUCAUUAAAAAU